AACAGAAAUAUUGAAUUAUUUUCUUAUUUGGUUUGGAAAACGGCAAGAGUUUAAUAGUCUUAAAUGGAUUUAAAUUUAUUUAUUUUAUUUUUAAAUGGUCUUCUUCUUUUUAGUCCUAUAUGUUGGGCUCAAAGUGGUUAUAAUUAUGGUCGCAGUGAAAUAGCUGGUGGAAAUAUUCCAGCUACAGCUGCUGCUCCCAUAAGACCAUUAACCGGCGGAUUUGCUCCUGCCUCCGCUGCUACAGCUGCUUUUCCUACCGCACCCACAGCAUUUUCUGGAGUUGGUGGGGCUGCAUCCAGUCCCUCUGGACCGUUUGGUGGAUUUUCAGCACAAAAUCAAAGAGGAAUUGGUGGUUUAACAGGCAGCGGACCAACAGCUUAUGGCGGCACAGCCGCUAAUCUACCAAAAAGACCUAACCUAUCGCAAAGACCUACCGGAACGGGUGGCACAGGACCUGGUAGUAUUUAUGCACCUAAUACACAAUUUUCAAAUACUGGCACGGGUAGAGGAAGUACUGGCACAGGCAAUAGCGUAGAUGAUGAUUACGAUGGUGAUUUUUCAGCCAUACCAGGUGUCCCGGGUGUUGAUUAUCCAAUCUAUAGUCAAGUGCCACAAACAAAUUUUGAUUGUGCUCAACAGCCAUUGCCAGGUUACUACUCAGACAUUGAAGCUCAAUGUCAGGUCUUUCACAUAUGUGCUCUAAAUCGCACCUAUUCCUUCCUAUGCCCCAAUGGUACCAUUUUCAGUCAAGAGGUUUUGGUAUGUAUAUGGUGGAAUCAGUAUGAUUGUGCUUCGGCCCCCAGCUUAUAUGCUAAUAAUGCAUUUAUCUAUGAUUAUGGUAACGAGAGAAUACCCACAAAUACCGGAUAUCAACCCAGCUCAAACCAACAAAUCGGUAGACCUCAAACAAAUCUUUUAUCAUCAAGUGGUGCUAGAGCACCUCCUAGCACCACGGGACUAUUUACAUCACAGCGUAUACCUUCGUCGGUAACAGGUGGCGGUGGCAAUAUAGCAAUACAACCUUCUUCCCUAUCGGGAGUGGCAGCAAAUGCUAAUCGUUUCAAUCCCUCAGCGACAAAUGCUGGAGCCCAAACAUUUCCCGCCACCCCGACACCAUUUGGUUCAGUCUUACGACCCGCCAGUCCAGCCGUUGCCACCACGCCCGGAGGCGGUGGCGGAGGUAGUGGUUACAAUGCCAAUUUACCAGAAACUGCAUUUGGAAAUGCUGCAAUUGCUACGCCAACAACUAAAGCCAGAGAAUACUUGCCUCCUCCCUCCCGUAGACAAUAAAUAAAACGUGAGAUCUUUCGGUAAAUUUGCUCUAAAAGAAUGUAGUUACUUUUACAAUAGAUUCCCCAACCAAUCGAUAACGAUUUUAGGCUUUUGUACCCGGUUUAAAUGUUCCUCAUGACAUUUCUGUAUUUAGAACAUUUGAAAUUAUCGAAACGAAAAAUUAUUCGAUAAAUUUCCGUUUAUUAUAAAUAUAUUUUAGGUUAGUUUUAUGAAGAUUCAUUUACACAAUUAUCUUUAUCCAUUUCCAUUCGAAAUUUUUUGUAGGCAUGCCUUUCUGUAGUUUAAUUUUAAUUAUAUCCAUCAUUCAUUUAUUAUCAUGUACAAUAUAUAUAUUUUUAUAGCAAAUAAAGUAUUUUUUGGA